AUGGCGAGGCAUUGGGGAUAUCCAAUAGAAACUCACAUAGCCAGGACAGAAGACGGCUGGCUUCUCGAUCUCCACAGGAUUCCAAACGGAGUCAACGAAAAGUUGAGCAACAAGACAAAGCCCGUGCUCAUAUUGCAACACGGAAUUCGAUUCUCCAGCGACAAUUGGAUACUGAAUCUGCCUCAUCAAAGCGCAAGGUGUGUCUUUGCUGACGCUGGAUUUGACGUUUUGAUGCUAAAUUCAAGAGGAAACAUAUAUUCGAGACACGAGAGAUACAGAAGGGAAGACGGGGAGUUUUGGAAGUUUGCGUAA